AUGGGUACCCGAAAUGAUAACGUCUCCGGUGACUACAUGGAUCCGGAUCAGUCUUCCAAUACUUACGUGCACAAAAGAGAUGUGAGAGUCGCGGAGGAAUUCGAGCCAUCGGACGAUGCGGAUGGAAAGGGGGUUGUGGCCGCAGAUGGUGAAGUACAUUUGAGGAAGUCAUUUUCCUUAUGGUCGAUCCUUGGUGUGGGGUUCGGUCUAACCAACUCCUGGUUCGGUAUCUCUGCCUCAAUGGUUGCCGGUAUAUCUUCUGGUGGGCCCAUGAUGAUUGUUUAUGGUAUAGUAAUCGUUGCACUGAUAUCGGUUUGUAUCGGUACUUCGUUGGGUGAAUUAUCAUCCGCGUAUCCCCAUGCUGGUGGUCAGUUUUGGUGGUCGUUGAAACUAGCCCCUCCAAAAUAUAAAAGAUUUGCGGCUUACAUGUGUGGUUCCUUUGCCUACGCGGGAUCUGUGUUUACAAGUGCUUCGACUACAUUGUCUGUUGCGACAGAAGUUGUUGGUAUGUACGCGUUAAUGAAUCCUAAUUUUACUCCAAAAAGGUGGCAUGUAUUUGUUUGUUUUGAAUUGCUACAUCUGUUUUUAAUGCUGUUCAACUGUUAUGGUAAAUCAUUACCACUAAUUUCAUCUUCAUCCCUAUACAUAUCGCUUUUGUCCUUUUUCACAAUUACAAUAACAGUUUUGGCAUGCUCCCAUGGCAAAUUUAACGACGCAAAGUUUGUUUUUGCUACAUUCUAUAACGAGACUGGCUGGAAAAAUGGUGGCAUUGCCUUUAUCGUUGGUUUGAUUAACCCAGCUUGGUCAUUUUCAUGUCUUGAUUGUGCAACUCAUAUGGCUUUUGAAGUAGAGAAACCGGAAAGAGUCAUUCCUAUUGCUAUCAUGGGCACAGUUGCAAUCGGUUUUGUUACUUCAUUGUGCUAUGUUAUCGCUAUGUUUUUCUCUAUCAAAGAUCUGGAUGCUGUCUUGUCAUCCACGACAGGGGCGCCAAUUCUGGACAUCUACAAUCAAGCUUUGAAUAAUAAAUCUGGUGCGAUUUUCCUUGGUUGCUUGGUUUUGUUUACAUCUUUUGGUUGUGUUAUUGCCUGUCACACCUGGCAAGCAAGAUUGUGUUGGUCAUUUUCUAGGGACAAUGGUCUCCCAUUAUCCCGCUUGUGGUCACAAGUCAAUCCACAUACUGGUGUGCCUUUGAAUGCUCAUCUGAUGUCAUGUGCUUGGAUAUCCUUGAUUGGUCUGCUUUACUUGGCCUCUAGUACAGCUUUCCAGUCCUUAAUAACAGGUUGUAUUGCAUUUUUGUUAUUAUCCUACGUUAUUCCCGUAAUAUGUUUACUUGCCAAGAAACGUGACAUCGCACAUGGACCAUUCUGGCUCGGCAAAUUUGGCUUCUUUUCAAACAUUGUUCUAUUGGGUUGGACUGUUUUUUCUGUAGUAUUUUUUUCCUUCCCACCAGUUUUACCUGUAACAAAGGAUAACAUGAACUAUGUUUGUGUGGUCAUUGUCGGUUAUAGUGCGUACUCAGUUCUUUAUUGGAGGUACAAGGGUAAGAACGAAUUUCAUGCCGUUGAAGAAACUGAAAAUGAACAAGACGAUUUUGCUGAUAAUUUUGAAACCGUCGAAGACAGCCGUGAGUUUUCUCUUGCGGCCUCUGACGUUGAACUAGAAACUGAAAAUAUUCGCUGGGGGGAGAAAUAA